UGUUUUGAGAGAAGAAGAAAAGGGCUACAAGCGGAAGAAACACCGUAUUUGGUUUCGGAUCGUAUUCUGUUUAUGGUCCUGGUUUUUUAAAACAUAUUUUGAAUAAUGUCGACCCCGGCAAGGAGACGGCUUAUGAGAGAUUUUAAAAGACUUCAAGAAGAUCCUCCCACAGGCGUGAGCGGAGCACCAUCAGAGAACAACAUCAUGCUUUGGAACGCUGUUAUUUUUGGGCCUGUGGGAACGCCAUUUGAAGAUGGAACGUUUAAGCUUCUGAUAGAGUUUUCAGAGGAGUACCCAAACAAGCCUCCCACGGUUCGGUUUGUGUCCAGAAUGUUUCACCCAAAUGUUUAUGCAGAUGGCAGUAUAUGUUUAGACAUCCUCCAGAAUCGCUGGAGCCCCACGUAUGAUGUGUCGUCCAUACUCACCUCCAUCCAGUCGUUGCUGGAUGAGCCAAACCCCAACAGUCCGGCCAACAGUCAGGCUGCACAGCUCUAUCAGGAAAACAAGAGGGAGUACGAGAAGAGGGUGACGGCCAUCGUGGAGCAGAGCUGGGUUGACGUCUGAGAUUCUCUCGCUCUCUACUCCUUCCUCUCCAUCAUCCUCUCUUCAUUAUCCCAGUACUUCAGUCUCUCAUUUUUUACCUCAUCAAGAAAAAAAAAAAACAGCAACUAUAUCAGAAGAACCCAAGUGCCACCCAAAAAAAAAAAAAAACAUCCAGAGAACAACCGAACCAGAAUGGACAUUAUCUUGCUUGCCAAUACAUCUGAGGAAAACGAGGGAGGGAAAUCAAUCUUUUAUUUGUUUCUUGUCCUUAAUUUUACUUUUUUUAUUGCAUGAUGUGAAAUAAGUUAUUGCUAACAGAAUUUGUAAUAUAUCUUUGUUGUUUGGUUGGAUUUGGUUGGACUGUUAGUGUUUGAGUUUUACAGAUUUUUUUUUUUUUUCCUUUGGAAUUUUUUUUUUCUUUUUUUGUAACGUCCGCUGGUGUGCACAACUUGACUGUUUGGAAAGGGCAGGUUGAUGACCAAAUCAGCAUAUUUUGAAAGUCGUGGAAUAACCCAGAAAAUGCCUUUUUCAGAGUUGAUAUCAUCACAGAACAAUACCUGAUCUGUUCCAGCAUAUCUCUGUUAUUUUAAGACACUGUAGGUUUGGGCUCACAGACGUCACAGGCUGCAACAGCGCCAAGUCUCCCUUGCACUGAUGAAUCAUGACUCCGUGGCUCGCCAGCUCUGAGCUUUUAUUUUAAUCAUUUCUUCUCCAAGGUAGCAGAUGAUAUAUGUUUGAAAGGGAGUGUUAUGAGAAAGUAAAUAUUAACACUAGGAUGGGACAGGAUAAGCUCGGACUGCAGAUCCCAAAGUGGAGAUCAGGGUUAGUUGGUGAAAAGGCUGUGGGAAUCCCAGCUGAAAUAAGGAAAUACUGUUUUAAUUUCAAUCAACAUUUAAUUUUCCUUAAGUCAGCUAAUUGAGCCAGUCUGCCGUUCUUUGUUGAAAGCUGUCAAAAUGUAUGUGGAGCAAAGGAGCCCACGAGAUGAGGAAUUGAACAGUUCUUCUCAGUGCAUAUCAUUGUAGUUCAUUCGUGGCUAAUGGAACGACCCGACACAGCAAGUACAAAUCUGUAAAGGUUAAAGACAAUGAGAAUCAGCAUGAAGUUGAUAAAAAUACUUAACAUGCUGGGUGUACUUCUACAUCAUGUUCUCCUCUGUUCUGCUUGUUGUCUAUAAUAUGCCUGUAUUAGUCAUCAGAGUCCGGAAUUUAAGAAAACGGAAAGUAGAUGCAGGACUGUUUUCCGCUCCCUCUCAUGACAGCUCAUGUGAUGCUUGUGCCCACACAGUUUUCUUAUUUCACCUGCCACACAAAGUAAUUGACUUUCGAAACGCUUUGUUGCCGGUGACGCGUGUCCGCCUGAGUGAUGUCAGUUCUUUUGAUCCUUCUCUUGAAAUGACACAGCUGACAUAUAAAUUAACAAGUAAGCAGAGGAUAAAAGCAGUGCUGUCACAUGCGCAUAUAUAUAUAUAUAUAUAUAUUUUUUUUUUCAUUUGCUUUAAAUGAGAGCAGUUGGAGGAUUGAUAGAUCAAAUUGCUGGAGAGACGACUACACUUGCUUGCAGUUCAAACCCUGCUUCAACAGUUUUCCCAAAGUUGGUUUCAUGCCUGCAUUUGUCUCGUUUUAUUUGUAUGUGAUACCCAAUUAAAAGACCACUUGAGUAUAAAUUUAUGACUUAACCCUGCCCAACUCAGCUAAAUAAUCAAUGGAAGACAGUCAUCAUAAAACAGAGUUCCUCUUUUCUGAGACGGUAAAGGUCAUAUUGUGGUUAGUGACUUAUUUCACCUAAUAAGCAGAAGGGAUAUGUUAUAAAAAAUUUUGUGAAUUAAACAAGAAAAUGUAUACUUAUAACAAUAUGCUGUAUAAACAUAAUAAAACACAUUUUUCAGACUUUGAAA